AUGGAAAUUGAUUCAUUUCACGAAGGUAUUGAUUUCUAUUCAACAAUAACUCGUGCUCGUUUUGAAGAAAUUAAUGAUCAUUUAUUUCGUUCCACACUUGAACCUGUUGAAAAGGCUUUACAUGAUGCUAAAAUGGACAAAUCAAAUAUACAUGAAAUUGUGUUAAUUGGUGGUUCAACACGCAUUCCAAAAGUACAAAAACUUCUACAAGAUUUCUUUAAUGGUAAAGAAUUAAAUAAAUCAAUUAAUCCAGAUGAAGCUGUUGCUUAUGGUGCUGCUGUACAAGCAGCUAUAUUAACAGGUGAUAACUCUGAAGAUGUUAAAGACAUAAUUUUACUUGAUGUUGCACCACUAUCAUUGGGUAUUGAAACUGCUGGUGGUAUAAUGACAGUAGUAAUUAAACGUAAUACAACAAUUCCAACAAAACAGACACAAACAUUUACAAUUUCUUCAUAUGAUCAAUCUGGUGGUACUGUGGCAGAAUUAGUUAUCUUCGAUAGAGAAAAUUCAACUAAACAAACAGAAACCAUGACAACUUCUUCAAAUACACAAUUUAGUGCUGAUGUUAAAGUAUUUGAAGGUGAACAUUCAUUGACAAGAGAUAAUCAUUUACUUGGUUAUUUCAUACUUUCUGGUAUUUCAUUAACAUCUGAUAGUGUACCACAAAUUGAAG